UAGUACCGUUAAUGUAGGCGAUGUGUUAUGCUUGAAAUAACUAAGAAUUAAGUACGAAUUAUGAGUACGUAUGGCUCGAAACUGCAUCCAGAGUUUCGCCCCUGCUAUAAGUGGAAUAUAGAAAAGUGGUAGAAUGGCCUAUUCUACGAGACUUUUGGUUCUGUAUGGGAUUUUAGCGGCAUGUAACGAUGUAACAAGUUAUCCAUUAUUACUUUUUGCAAACCGCAAAGAUGUACGACUAAUAAAUGCUGCUGAUCCAAAAGGUAACUCCACAAUUAUUGUCAAUAACCAAGAAGAUGCAUCAGCAGUUGAUUUUCUCUAUAAUGAAAACUCAAUAUUUUGGACUGAUGUAAGCGAAGAAGUAAUUAAAAGAACAUAUUUGAAUGAUACACAAAAUAGUAUUGGUGUUAUAACUACCGGUCUUGUGUCUCCUGAUGGCUUAGCUUGUGACUGGUUGGGGCGCAAAUUGUACUGGACAGAUUCAGAAACAAACCGUAUUGAAGUUAGCAAUUUGGAUGGAUCAUAUCGCACAGUAUUGUUUUGGCAAGGUUUAGAUCAACCAAGAGCAAUAGCAUUAGAUCCCCUAAAUGGGUAUAUGUACUGGUCAGACUGGGGAGAAACUCCUAAAAUUGAAAGAGCUGGAAUGGAUGGUAAACAUCUAACACGUAAAGCCAUUAUAACAGAGAAUGUCUACUGGCCUAAUGGAUUAACUUUAGACUACGAUGAUUCGAAAAUAUUUUGGGCCGAUGGAAAAUUAAGUUAUAUUCAUAAAUGUAAUUUUGAUGGGUCUGAUCGUCGUGUUGUUGUGGAAGGUUCUUUACCGCAUCCCUUCGCUUUAACAUUAGAAGGUGAAUCUCUGUUCUGGACUGAUUGGAAAACCCACUCUAUACAUAUGUGUGAUAAGAAGACUGGCCUACAGAAAAGUGUUGUUCAUGACAAUAUCUUUUCACCCAUGGAUAUACAUGUUUACACGGCAACACGACAACCAACAGGUAAAAAUCCAUGUGGUAAUAAUAAUGGUGGGUGUUCACAUCUAUGUUUGAUGUCUCCAAUAAAACCAUUCUAUACAUGUGCCUGUCCUACUGGAGUACUAUUAAAAUCAGAUAAGAAAACCUGUGCUGAUGGCGCUGAGAACAUUUUAUUUUUGGCUCGUCGUACAGAUUUAAGAAGAAUUUCGUUAGAUACACCAGAUUAUACAGAUGUAGUUUUACCAUUAAAUGAUAUCCGACAUGCUAUAGCUAUAGAUUAUGAUCCAGUAGAUGGCUAUGUUUAUUGGACUGAUGAUGAAGUAGAAGCUAUUAGAAGAUCUCUCUUAGAUGGGACCAAUCAAGAAGCAAUAGUUAAUACAGAAGUUUAUCAUCCUGAUGGUAUAGCUGUUGAUUGGAUAGCACGGAAUCUAUAUUGGACAGAUACAGGUACAGAUAGAAUAGAGGUUUCAAGAUUAAAUGGUACAUCUAGAAAGGUGUUAAUAUCAGAUAAUCUAGAUGAACCAAGAGCUCUCUGUCUAGAUCCUGUUGCUGGGUAUUUAUAUUGGAGUGAUUGGGGUGAAGUACCUAAAAUAGAAAGAGCCGCGUUAGAUGGAUCAGAUAGAAUUACCUUAGUGGAUACUGAUCUAGGCUGGCCAAAUGGGUUAACUCUAGAUUAUGAUGAACAGAAGAUCUACUGGGGUGAUGCAAAAACAGAUACAAUUGAAGUAGCAGAUCUUGAUGGUAGAAAUAGAAGAACUGUUAUCUCAGAGAAUAUUCCACAUAUAUUUGGUUUCAGUUUAUUAGGUGAUUAUGUUUAUUGGACUGAUUGGCAGAGACGAUCUAUAGAACGUGUUAAUAAAAAUACUGGAAAAGAUAGAGAAGUUAUUAUCGAUCAAUUACCUGAUCUAAUGGGAUUAAAGGCUGUUUAUGUAAAAAAAAUAGAAGGUACUAAUCCAUGUGCAGUCAAUAAUGGUGGUUGUAGUCAUCUGUGUUUACAUCGACCACUAUCUAAAAAUCCAACAUGUGCUUGUCCAAUGGGAUUAGAGUUGAUCAGUAAUGGUCGUACUUGUAUUAUACCGGAUGCCUUUCUCUUAUUCACCAUCAAAGAUGAUAUUAAGCGCAUUUCUCUAGAGGUUAACCAUAACAUACAGCCAAUCCCUAUACAAGGUGUAAAGGAUGCAGCAGCUAUAGAUUUUGAUAUCAAUGAUAAUCGUAUCUAUUGGACUGAUAUAAAAGUUAAAAGUAUUAGCCGUGCCUUUAUGAAUGGUAGUGCUGUACAACAUAUUAUAGAUUUUGGUGUUGAUUUUCCGGAAGGUAUGGCUGUAGAUUGGGUGGCACAUAAUAUAUACUGGGCUGAUACAGGUAAACAGAGAAUAGAAGUUGCUCGUUUAGAUGGUACAUCUAGAAAAGUAUUGGUAUGGAGAGAUUUAACUGAUCCAAGAGCUCUAGCCCUUGAUCCGCCUAAUGGGUAUAUGUACUGGAGUGUUUGGGGCAAUGAACCUCAUAUUGAAAGAGCUAAUUUAGAUGGCAGUAAACGAAAAGUAUUAAUAGCUGAUCCAGGUCGUGUACAAGAUUUAACUAUAGAUUAUAUAGAGAAAAGAAUGUAUUGGACUAAUAUAGAUCGAGAAAGAAUUGAAUCAUCUGAUAUGUUAGGUGAAAAUAGGAAAGUUGUUGUCCGUAGUAAUGUAAAGAAACCUAUGGGAUUAACUCAGUAUGAAGAUUUUAUAUAUUGGACUGAUAUAUUGGGUAAUUCUAUAGAAUGUGCUAAUAAAUCAACUGGUAAUAAUCGUACUGUUAUACAUAAAGAUCUAAAAUUAGUGUUUGAUAUUACUGUAUUCCAUGCCUCUAGACAAUCAGGUUGGAAUAGUUGUGGUAAAAACAAUGGUGGUUGUUCACAUCUAUGUUUAGCACACAGUAAAGAUUGGGCUAAUGGUUCUUUUCACUGUGCUUGUCCUACUCACUAUACAUUAAAUGAAGAAAAUACAACCUGUGAAGCACCCAAAUACUACCUAUUGUUGAGUCAGAAGACCGCGAUUAGUAGAUUAGUAAUGGAACCUGAUGAUGCUGAUGAUGCUGAUAAUCCAGAAGUUGUUUUACCUAUACAAAGUCUUAAAAAUAUAAAAGCUUUAGCUUAUGAUCCCAAAGAUGAGUUUAUUUACUGGAUUGAUGGUAGAAAUAAAGUUAUUAAAAGAGCACAUGAUAAUGGAAGCAAGGUUGAAAUAGUGUUACAUGAAGAAGGAAUACAACCAUAUGAUAUAGCUAUUGAUCCUUAUUCUCGUUCAUUAUACUGGACAUGUAAUAAAAACAACGUUAUUAAUGUUACACGCUUAGAUCGUACUCCUGUAGGUGUUGUUGUUCGAUCGGGUAAUAUGAAACCAAGAUCUAUAGCAUUAUAUCCAGAGAAAGGCUAUAUGUAUUGGACUAACAUGGGAAGUUCUGCUAAGAUUGAAAGUGCAGCGAUGGAUGGUACAGAAAGAACAACUUUAUUUGAAACUAAUCUAGAACAACCCCUAGCUUUAACAGUUGAUAAAAAGAUGAACAAAUUAUGUUGGGCAGAUAUUGCUAUACAUCGUAUAGAAUGUGCUGAUUUAGGAGGAGGGAACCGAGUAGUUAUAGUAGAUGAGAAAGUGAAUACACCGCGAGGUAUCGCCAUACAUGGUAAAUAUCUAUACUGGUUAGACAGAAGUUUAGAUGUCAUCGAGAGAAUUGAUAAAAGUACGAGAAAAAAUCGGCGAUAUGUAAGAGGUAGGAUGUCAGGGUUGAGUGAUUUAAUAUCUGUAGAACACAGCCUACCUGCUAUAAAUCAUCCGUGCUCUAAUCAGAAUAACGCAUGUUCACAUAUUUGUUUAGUUGCUGGUAAUACAGAUGAGUCUCGAUGUUCUUGUCCUGUUAAUUUAGUUUUAAAAGCCGAUGAGACAACAUGUGCUGACCCACCUACAUGUCCACCUGAUCAUUUUACAUGUAAAAAGGGAGACGUACAUUGUAUACCGUUGGUGUGGCGAUGUGAUAAAAUACGUGAAUGUGAGGAUAAUUCGGAUGAAGAAGAUUGUCCUAAGUGUACAGCAUCUGAAUAUCAAUGUGCUAAUGGGGAAUGUAUAGCCGCUGACAAACUUUGUGAUGGCAUCCGUCAGUGUGGUGAUAAUAGUGAUGAGAAUAAGUGUUGUAAAACCAAUCAGUUUCGAUGUAAUAAUAUGCAGUGUAUAGCUAAAGAACUGAAGUGUAAUAAUGUUGUCGAUUGUACUGAUGAAUCAGAUGAAUAUAGGUGUCCAGCACCGAAUGUUUCUAAUUCAACACCUACAAAUACAACUCACUAUGCAAUAGCUAUUGUUGUUGGUAUAGUUCUUUUAGUUAUGGUGAUAGCCUUUAUUUUUGUUUGUCGUCGUAAGACAAACCAUGCACCACAUGAGGAUCAUGAUAUUAUGAUGGCUAAAAAACCACUCAAUCCUCAUGUAGAACAGACAACGCCUCCUCAUACUCUCUCAUCACGAGGCAAUAAAUCAUUAACUACCAUUUUAUCUUUGGGCUCGGGGAGUGGACCACCUUUAUAUGAUCGUAAUCAUGUGACUGGAGCCUCGUCCAGUAGUUCAGCAGUGACUCAGUAUCCAAAAGAAACAUUAAAUCCCCCUCCGAGCCCUGUAACAGACAGAUCAGUGUAUACAGGAGACUUUUACUGUUCAUUAAACAGUCUAUCAACAGUUCGUUCCUGCCGUCCAAAAAAGCCACACAAAGUGCGACAUAACAUUCCGCCACCUCAUACAACACCGUGCAGUACAGACGUCUGUGAAGACAGUGAACCUUAUCCUGGUAAAAAAUACUAUUUUAAUAACUCUGUGGUUGAACUUAGUUACGACUCGGACCCGUACCCUCCACCACCUACACCUCGUAGUCAUUAUUUUUCAGAUGAGAUGAGUUGUCCUCCUUCUCCAUCUACUGAAAGGAGUUUUUUUAAUCCUUAUCCCCCUCCCCCUUCUCCUGUUGCCCAUUCAGAUUGUUGAUAUUAACUAUUUUCUUUGAUUCUUGUUUAUGGCCCUUUAUGUCCCCCCACCUUUCAAAGAAUUAAAAUGGGUUCAUCCGUCUGUCUUUCCAUUUGUUACACAUUUUGGGACAUAAUAAUUCUGGUGUCAGUUAUUAUCACAUAUGCAAUAGAACUGAUUAAACACAUUCCAUAUAUCUUUGUGUCAAAAUUAUAUUUGGAAUGUGUUUAACCAGUUCUAUCGUGUAAUAAUGACUGACACCAAUAUUGUCCUUUAAUUGAUGUAGAAUGUUUAAACUUGGUGUAGGUGUUCAUUAAGUUGAUGUCUUAACUGUCUUAAGAUUUUGUUGCGGCUUUAGAACACGAAAACUCUGAUUUCAUUGCAUGUAGCUUAAAGUGGUGGACAGAUUAGUCAAAUCAGUCGGUGGUAAAUUGCAGCCGAAUUCAUUCGGCCGAAUGAUUGGACACACUUGGCAAAUCCUUCGCCCGAUUCACCACUUUAUUACAUGUACAUCACCUUUUACGUCACAUGAAUAAACAUGGUAGCGACCAUGUCUUCAAACAAUCAUGUGACUUCUCGAUAUAAGUGAUAAUUGGCUGAUGAAUUCUACAAUGGGGUGAAUGCUUCGCUGGAGCGGACACCACUGGCUAAAUGACAGUGGAUACACUUGGCGAAUUUCGGCACUAAUUGAUUUGGCUGAAUCAUUCGGCUAGUGUGUCCACUGCUUUAUGAAAAGAUAAAUGUGCAAAUAAUUAAUGAGUGUCAUCUAUUUAUUUUCGGAUUGAGGUGGGGGACAUCUGCCUCACUGUUGGUUUGUUAUAAUACAGACCUAUCAAGACUACAAGAUUUUCAUGCCAAAAUUUUUAUUUGCUUCUACUUAUCUGUGGCUAUACUAGUAUUACUUUCAUAUUCCGUAUCAUAUCAAGUAAUAAUUCCUGCUUUGUAUAAAUAUGUAUAAUGUCAACAUUUAGUUAAUGUCUCACUUUUGACCAUUAAACCACACUUAUUUUAGAAUAUUGACAAGCUAUCAUAAAGCUUUAAUAUUGAGAAAUUCAUAAUGGCUGAAGUAUGACUUAAGCUAAGGUAUGACUGUUCCAUAUGGUCCAUGGUGUUGAUUAACAGAAGAGGGAAUAGCAGUACAAAGAAAUCUACGCAUUAUCUUUAUAAUAAUAUUCCUAACAGAUAUACUUGAUGUUGGCAUACACAGAAUAAAAAACUAAUCUCAUAUUAUUUGAAGUCAGAAAUGGUUCACUAUUGAAUGUAAAACAGGUCAACAAAUGUAGUGUGAUUGAUUAGUGAAUAGAUACAAAGCAAUAGAUAAUCUUUUCUCCUUAUGUUACUGCCAAAGAUCAAAAUAAUUAAUUUUCCUUAACAGGAACACUUUUGUAAAGUGCUCAAAGAAUUGUAUAUAUUUUUAUUAUGUAUUUAUCACCGUAAUAUUUUCUCUACUGAAGAGAUUACAAUACUUGAUAUAAUGGCCUCUGUUUUUUUUUUAUUAUUAAAUGCCAAUUGUACAUUAUACAAAUUAUAUAUUCAUGGUUGUAUUAUAGACAUGAUGUUAUUACAUUUUUUCUUUUAUACAUGUAUAUCAUCAUCAUCAAGCCAUUUUUGAAGUUCUGAUAGAUUUUGAGACAUGAUCGCUCUCCGGACAUGUACAUGUAGGCUACACUGUAUAUCUGUAAACCUGAAUUUUAGUUCCUCAACCUUGGAUCUAAAUUAAGUUCAAAGAAAAUCUUUUAAUUAAAUUUUAUAAUAAUUUAGAUCAACACGUACUAAAUAUUAGUACAAUAGUCAGAAAAAAGCAAGUUGUAUUUCAUUUAGAUUUCUUUACAUUGUACAUUCUUCAAGCUUGAGUAUUGAGAAAAACCUGUUCUGUAGUUGAGAGAGAUCAUGGUUUGAGAUUAUUAUUACUACAGUAUUCAGAUCACUUAUUCUUGAUUCAUGAAGCAUUGGCCAUUGAAUGGCAUUUUUUUAUAUUAUUGGAAACAUUUGUCUUCUAUUCUUAUCAUCAAACUUAUAUCAUAAAUAUCGUAUACAUGUGUAGAAAACAAAUCAGCAAAUUUUUAUUGUGUGGCAUAUAAUGUAUAUUUGUUUUGUCUAUAUCUCUUUUAUUUAACAAAUAUGUUAUGUUUUUUGAGAUUAGUAAAUAACCAUAUUUACAUAUUUGUUAAAGAGUGGUCACAUUAUUCUUUUGAAAUAUAUUAAUAUAAAAUUGUUCUAAUAUUAAUCAUUCAUCUCAAUAGCACUUUCUACCGAUGACAUCACAUAGUACAUGUAUGUUCAACAAUGAGAAAAGAUGUCUGACCUUACUUGCCAUAAUGCUUUGUGGUUAAACGUCAGAAUCUAUUUUUAUCUUCUGAAGAAAGAACUAUUAUUAUGGUUACUGAUCUUGGAAUUAGAGCUUCAGUUUUGAAUUAGCUUUUUGUUAAUGCCAGGCUUAAGUAAUUUUUUUUGUCAAUGACAAACAUUUAUUUUAAUUCACACUUCCAUUUAGAAAUACAUGUAUUAAAAAUAGUCUCUUGAUUUGAUGAAAGAAGAAUAUGGAAUAUAACUGCUGCAACAUGUUAAAAAUGAUACAAAGAAAGAAUAAUGAUGGCCAUAUUUUAACAUAUUGUAUUGUCUUUUUAUAUAUGUAUAUGUACUUACAUCUUGCAAAAAUCCAAAGCCAGUGCCUUUAACUAUUUAAUGGAAAAUUUAUGAAUGUUUGUAUAUUUACAUUGUUACUUUCCAAUAACAAAAUACAACUGCUGUAUGUUUGUGUGUCUGUUAUUGCCUCAGUUAUCUCUAUUCUUUCUUUUGUUAUUGAUAAAACCUCACUCUAAAUAUUUUAUGAGUUUAGAUAUUUCUUGUCUGUUUUCGCUUUUCUAAUUUCAUUAACACUUACAAUUUAGUUUUGUCUGUGAAUAUUAUAUAGAGUGAGGGGAUAUCUGAUUAGUAUAUUGUGUUUUGUUGUUGAUUUCAGUUAUUUUAGAAUGUUUAUAUAUACAUGUAAUAAUUAGUGCUACCUAUACAUGUAUAGUUUAUUAUAGUAAUAUAUUAUAUACUCUUGGCUCUCUCCACAUACAUACACUUACAUGUAAUCUACAAUAUACAUUUGUUAGAUAUGUAAGUGGAACACAUUAGGUCUCACUAUUAAGAACAAAAAUUAAAUGAUGAAAUCUUUUUUCAACACUUUAUGAUUAGUGUUUUAAUGUUUUUAUUUUCUAUGAUGUUGUUUAUACAGGUGUUUUUUUCCCCUGCCACGCAUGGGAAGCCAUUUCUCACUGAAAUAUAGUGCCUAGUCACAGAACUGGAGAUACUUUAUAGUGAUAAAAAAUAGUAUAUAUAUUAUGUGCAAAAUAUGCCUAAAGCUUGCGGUAACAGACCGUUUCAUUGGCUAAUCCCUCACACCACCCAGGACACGUCAAUGAUAACAACUCUUUCGUAUCCUAGUGUAGUAAAGACACGUAAAACAAAAUUUUGAACUAUAAAAAACGAAACGAAAUAGGAUCUGUGUUUUAAUCAGACUGAUGUAUUAUUAUAUAAGAGCUACAUGUAAAUCUGCCUAAUGCGUGUCAUUUUUUGGCUUCAAAUGUUAUAUAAAUAAUUAUUUAGACAUUUAUUAGAUCAUCAGAUGGCUGAGAUAUUAAGUGGAUUAGAAAAUGUCGGCAUUAUUUUUGUUAAAAUGGAAAAUCAAGACUAUUUAUGCUAUAUUUUGUCACAAUUUCAAACAUUCAGAAUAAAGUAAUUUGACUGAAAUUUUCAAUAUAUUCAUUUUGCAUUAUCUACUUUUGAACUAUUUUAACAAGAAUAGUCAACUCUUUAUCUGAAUCUUACAUAAUGCAUCUUUAAUAUCUUUGAAGUUAAUUAUUUUAUUCUACCAUUAAUAUGGUUACAUGUAUUUCCUUAAUAUGAAUUGUAGUAAAAAUGAAUUCCUGCCAAAUGUGAAAAUUAAGAAUAGGCUACAUGUUAAGAAAUGGCAUAAGUUCAGUUUUAAUUUCAGAUCUAAAAUGGCUAGCUUAAAUAAAUGAACCUAUUUUAUUUCUUGCUUUAAUAAUGGUGUUAUUACUACCUCAGUUAAUCAAAAAUAUUUGUUUAAAUCAAAAUGGUGAAUUAGAAGUGGCAUAUAUACUGUAUGUUGAUAUUAACAGUGUAGUAGUAGCUGUAUUAUUGUUUCAGGCUUAUAGUAUAUAAUAUGAUGUAUGCCUGGUAUAUUAUAUAUGCACUAGUUUAAAGACCUAUGAUAAAAAGGGUUUGUUUGCUUUAACACAGUGACUUCUGGGUCUAUCAAAUUAUUUAUAAUUGGGGAGGAGGUGGAAUUAGCUCCUAGCACAAUUACAGGAAUAUAUUUAAUAUCUUUACAGUGUGAACUAGUGUGUAAUAUAAGACAUCUUUGGCAGAUCUUUUACUCAGGAAAAUCUACUUAAAUUGAUCCCAUCAUUUUUUUCUAUUGUAAAUUUGGGGCUGGUUUUUGUACAUUAAAUGCUUUACAUAUAUUAUGUUUCAUGGUUUUAUAGUGCAUAUUCUGUUCUGAACUAAUGGAUGCCAUUAUUUGGAUAAGUUCAGAGAAUCUAAUUCUUUGUAUAUGUAGUAUUUAUGUAUAUUAGAUAUAUAUCUUUAUGUUUGUUUGAAUGAAUACAGCUUUAAGAUAAACAAUAAAAUUGUCAACUUUAA